GUUAUGGAACAUUGGUUAGGCUAUGAAAUUUCGCUACGCCUACUCAUCUCAGCACUGCUGAUUCCUUUAAUUCUUCUCUCAUGGAUACCAAAUCUGAAGUAUCUGGCACCCGUCUCCAUGGUGGCUAAUUUGUUUAUGGGUCUUGGAUUGGGCAUAACUUUCUAUUAUCUGGUUAGUGAUUUGCCUCCGAUAACAACCCGUGAGUUCGCGAAAGUCUCCACAUUGCCAGCUUUCUUCGCCAUCACCAUAUUCGCCAUGGAGGCAAUCGGUGUUGUAAUGCCAUUGGAGAAUAACAUGGAAAAACCACGUCACUUCCUCGGAAUCUGCGGAGUGCUGAGUCAGGGCAUGUCCGGUGUUACUUUGAUCUACAUGGCGCUCGGUUUUCUGGGCUACUUGCGUUAUGGUACAAGUACAGAAGAAAGUAUUACACUGAAUUUGCCGGUGCAUGAAUGGUGAGUACAAUAUGCAGUGUUGCCAGAAUUUUUCCAGAGAA